GCUUACCAUUUCCCUCAGCCAGACGAUUUCCUGUGGGGGAGGGGAAGCAGCCGCUGUAUUGAUCCUUCUCCGAGCCGACUAAAGGGGCUUCUCUGGUGUCCCCUGCUGAGAUCGCUGAGAAAGGGGGCAGGAGCAACAGCCGCCAGGAUGUUUUCUUUUAAUAUGUUUGAUCAUCCAAUUCCCCGGGUUUUCCAGAACCGCUUCUCAACCCAGUAUCGUUGCUUCUCAGUGUCCAUGCUUGCAGGACCUAAUGACAGGUCAGAUGUGGAGAAAGGCGGGAAGAUAAUUAUGCCACCAUCUGCCUUGGAUCAACUCAGUCGACUUAACAUUACGUACCCUAUGUUAUUUAAGCUGACUAAUAAAAAUUCAGAUCGAAUGACGCAUUGUGGUGUGCUAGAAUUUGUGGCUGAUGAAGGCAUUUGUUACCUUCCACAUUGGAUGAUGCAGAACUUGCUUCUGGAGGAAGGAGGCCUGGUGCAGGUAGAGAGUGUUAAUCUUCAAGUGGCUACUUACUCAAAAUUCCAACCACAAAGUCCAGAUUUCCUUGACAUCACCAAUCCCAAAGCUGUAUUAGAAAAUGCUUUGAGAAACUUUGCUUGUCUAACCACCGGGGAUGUUAUUGCCAUCAACUACAAUGAGAAGAUCUAUGAGCUUCGGGUAAUGGAGACCAAACCUGAUAAAGCUGUGUCCAUCAUAGAGUGUGAUAUGAACGUGGAUUUUGAUGCACCUUUGGGAUACAAAGAACCAGAAAGACACACACAACCUGAGGAGAGCACAGACGUUGAAGCAGACCACAGUGGCUAUGUGGGUGACCUAGGAUUUCGUGUAAGUAUCUUCUUUUGGUCUGGUAGUGUUGAACACUCGAAGCUUGUAGGCAAAUCUAUCAGCUGGGAAGGUGAAAACACAUUCCCCGCAACUGCACAAAUCCAGUUCCUUUGCUCAGGGCUUCUCUUUUACUUAGAAACAAAGAUGCAGAGCAACCGAGUGUCACCACCUCAGAGGUUUGUCUUAGCCCUCAUCUCAGGACUUCCCAGCCUUUCCCAGCUGAGGCUUCCCCCAGCCAGCUCCUGCUUGCUGCAGGUGUUUCCUUCUCAGAACUUCCAGGUGUGACAGGCCCCUUUCCUGGGCUUGGGUCCUCCUUUCCUGAGGCUAGGCUGCCUCUAUUUGUAGCAGAUGCUGCUUACAACAUGUAAUCACACAACAGCCUGGCCUUGGAACAUUGAGAUAUGCACAUGCACCCUAGGACCAACACUAGAACGCUGUGAUUUUCACAAAUACAAAAUAAC